AUGCAAAGAAGUCUGGCGUCCCGACUCCCAACGAGGACUAUCACUCGUUCGAUCCUCGCUCAGAAACAUAACACGCUUUUGCCCCAAUGGAGGAGAGGCUUUGCCAGCGAGAACGGCCAAGUGCCGGCCUCGGAGUCGGCCAGUCUCGAAGGCCAGGCGACGUCCGAUCCUAAACGGAGUCCAGGCUCCGGCGCCUCAAUUCUCUCCAAGAUGGCAGAAAGCUUAUCCAAAGUGGCAGCCGAAAGCACGCCCAAAAUUGGCGCACAAGCUCUGAGUGCUCACAGGCAAGCCGUUAGCGAGGAAGCCGACAAAUCCAAGGGCAAGAUGUUAGACAGUGAAGAGCCAUAUCACUUCCAUAUAUACAGCCAUAAACACAACACGCAUGUCACUGUGACGGACCCGAAUCGCGACGCCAUAGUGUCUCUGUCUACCGGGAACCUCGGUUUCAAGAAGUCCGGCCGCAAACAUUACGACUCGGCUUAUCAGCUUGGGGCUUUGGUUAUUGACAAGCUGCAGGAAAAGGGGUUACACAACAAGAUCAACAAACUCGAGGUUAUAUUGCGAGGAUUUGGUGCCGGGCGAGAGGCUGUGACCAAAGUUCUCAUGGGCAACGAAGGGAGACUGUUCCGCCCCAAGAUUGUUAGUGUCGCCGACUCAACGAGGCUCAAGUUUGGAGGUACCAGGAGUAAGAAGCCAAGACGUCUUGGAUAG